AUGUUCACUUUGUCUUUGAGAUUAGCUGAAGAAGAAGGAAAUCCUGGUUUAGCAAAGGAAGCUAUAGAAAUCGCUAUCUGGUGUCUGACUGAAAACUUUGAUUGCUGGAAAUGCUGGAAGAAGCUGUGCACUAAGGCAAAUCCAGAAGGAAGUGUUGUUCUUCUUAAAACGCUUGUAGAGAAAUGGAACGCGCAUUCCCUCGAACUAUCAUCACCAUCAACCGAGGCAAUGAAACUAAUCAUUCAAAAGAUGGCCAGAACUUGUUUGAAAAUAGCUAUACAAGGUAUUAGUAUCCUUGAUACAGUUGUCCCAGGAUCUCCUGUUUUACUAGGGGAAGCCUCAGCAGUCGCUAUCCUGUCUCUGACUGAAAUUGUGGAUUGCUGCAAGCCCUGGGACAAUCUCUAUAGGAUGAUUCUAAAUGAUAGUGGUACUCUUCUGAAAAAUCUGGUCCAAAAAUGCAAGGAUGAUGUUGGUGCACCAAAAAGCGAGGCAAUGGAACAUGUCUACAAACAGAUAUUCACUUUUUCUUUGAGAUUAGCUGGCAAAGAAAGUCCUGCUUUAGCCAGGGAAGCUAUAGAAAUCUCUAUCUGGUCGCUGACCAAAAACUUUGAUUGCUGCAAGCAGUGGGGAUAUCUCUACAAGGAGAAUAUAAAAGCUAGUGUUGCUCUUCUUAAAAAGCUUGUACACGAAUGGAAUGAUCAUUCAUUAUCACCUAGUGACACUUUCACUCUCAGUAAAACUAUUAAGAGAUUCAGGAACCAAAAGGCCAUUGCCGAAGGAGGAGCCAAUGUUAAUCUCUGCAAGGAAGCUGAUAAGUUCUGCAAAGUAAUUUCGGGGAGACUGUCUCGUCGAAGUUGCCGCCUGAAUGGUGCUUUUGCUUUGGUUUUAGUUGCUGCUCGUGGAAUUUGCCGCCUGAAUGGUAAAAGUCUCCAAGUUUCACGAGAUCAUGGAGAUUGUCGUGUUCUCAAAGGGAGCUUGGCAGAGCAAAACGACAAGGAGAACUGGGUAAGUUCUGCAAGAACUCAUGGUAGCUGGAAAGUUUACAUGCAAGACAGCUUGAAGCUAAACUAG